AUGAGCCAGAAGGCAAAUGCAGACAGGAAUGCCCAAUUUAUUUUAAAGUCCCAGAAAUCCAUUCAGCCUUACAUCUGCUCGACUCUGAAUGAUUUUCAAGAAGAGAGAGACUUUCUGGCGGACCACAUCUUUCCUCGGCUUAACGAACUCUGCGGUUCCCGGGGCACGUAUUUCAAAGCCGUGGACCUGAGGUGGUCAGCGCUGAAGGCCCCGCCGCCCUCACCCUCCAACCUGUUUAGACAGCAAUCUUGUCUCCACUCCCAGUAUCUGAAGCUCUGUCUCGAUUAUGUGAACAGCUGCUUUCCCUUUUUCAUCUGCAUGCUGGGUCAGACAUACGGGGACUUCCUCCCUGACCAUGGGCCUUUAAUGCUCUCCCGAGUGACUGACUUGUCAAGUUUAUCCAUAGUAGAACAGAAUCUCUAUGUUGCUGCCAAAAAUGGUUAUCCUUGGGUCCUGGAGAAUCCCAACUACAGUUUGACGGAGUUUGAGAUCGCCCAAGCAGCAUUUCUGAAUGAGUCUCCAUUUCAGUAUUUUUACUUUAGGACUGGAACCACGCUGCUGAAAAAUUUAGACCAGGAAAAGGAGGGGCUAUCCUCAAGCUCUCAGCUGAAUGAUGAGGAAAAACGAAGGGUUGGAAAGCUUAAGGCCAAGAUUAUUAGCAAAGGGCUCCGUGUUCGAUUUUAUAAAGAUCUCCACGAGUUGGGUGAGCUGGUUUUCAAGGACUGGUCAGUUGUGAUAGAACAACUUUACCCAGCCCCUUCAGUGAUUGAACAUAUAGACUAUAAGCACAACUUUGAACGUUUCCAUCACGAAGAGUUCAUGGAGAAGUGCAAGGAAGCAUUUGUUGUUUCCAAGGAAUCAAACAGAACCUUUGAAAUCUUGGAAAGAUUUGCCGUGCAGGAUGUGGGAUCGGACUGUCACAGUGCCACAGCAGGCUCCAGCUUAGACGCCGUCCUCAGGUUUUUCAGAAUAAAUCCUCUUCCAGUGUACAAGUCUAUUUUGCUCUUGUCUGGAGAACGUGGUUGUGGCAAGUCCACUCUGAUCGCCAACUGGGUAAAUUAUUUCAAAAAGAAACAUCCGAGCGUGUUGCUGAUCCCUCAUUUUGUGGGGAGCACCUGUGACAGCAGCGACAUAAUGUCGGUGAUGCAUUACUUCAUCACAGAGUUGCAGUUCAAAAACUACGGUACUCAGCUUGAAACUGAUGUUCUUAACGAAGGCUCCAGUGUCUUGGUCUUUUCACUGCUUGUGGAAGUAUUUAUUGCUUCCAUCAGUUUAAAGCCGUGUAUAGUUGUCCUAGAUGGAAUUGAAGAAUUGAUUGGCAUUUAUGGGAUUUCAGGACAGAAGGCAAAAGAUUUUUCGUGGCUGCCAUGCUCACUGCCUCCUCAUUGCAAAUUCAUCAUGAGCACUGUCUCCUACAGCUUGUCCUACAAGUCUCUGUGUGCCCGCCCGGAUGUGAGGAUGGUGGAGCUCAUUAGCUCAGGGGACGAAGAAGUGAAACUAAACAUCUUUAGGCAGUAUCUCUCCAUUCCCAGCGAAGACGCUCUCCAACAGAGCAAACCCGCUUUGAGGAAAAAACCAAACCUGAAUUCUUUAAAACUCACGAUCCUGGCAAAUGAACUGAGAGAAUGUAGAAUCUACCGAGAUGAGCAUGAGUGUCUGAAGGAAUACUUGGAGGUGGGAUCCAUUCAGGAGCUCUGGGAAUUGGUUCUGAAACGCUGGAUCGAAGACUAUAGCUGGACUUUUACACCAAAAAAGGCAAAUUCAGACACGGAGGCUUUAGAAGUACUGGACGGCUGGGUGGCCGACGCUCUGUGCUUAUUGAGCGUCGCACACUGUGGAUUGGCCGAGCAUGAGAUACUCCAGCUUUUGGACAUGCUGGGCUACAGGGGCCGCUACAAAGUGACCGGGCUGCACUGGGCCGCCUUCCGCAAUGCCACCAGACAGUGGGUCUGGGAGAAGCCCAGCGGCCUCCUGCACUUCAGGCACCAGUCCCUGCGGAGCGCUGUGGAGCACAGGCUUCUUGGUGUGAUCACUCCUGUCAGAGAAAGCGGUCCAUAUGCCUUUCAGAACCCGAUGAAUCACAAGAAGACACACCUCCACCGAAUCUUAGUCCGAUACUUCCAACAGCAAACCGCUUUCUGGAGGGUGUUUGAGGAGCUGCCAUGGCAUUUGAAAAUGAGUGGUUCCUGGGGGGGUUUGUGCAGCUUUCUCUCAAGUCCCAGUAUCACAGAUUUUGUAUCAGAGAUGCAAAUCCUGAGCUUCUGGGCCCGGCUGCACCUCGUCCACUACUGGAACGUGUUGUCGGAAGUUGGACAUGACGUUGCUGGGGCCUAUUUACUCUCGGUGGCCAAGAUCAAAGCCGGCAAGUGCUGUAAAGGCAGGAGGAGACAUGCGCUGUCAGUGCUGGAAUGCAGUCUUUCUGAAGUGACUACCACUGACAAAUGCCGAUUAAUGUUAUUUAUUGCGAAAUUUCUGAAGCUUAUGGGCAAGACCACUGAAGCAGAAGGAUUAUUCUUGAGCGUCGAGAACAUGUUAGUGCAGAGUCAGCCUGUGACAGAGAUGCUUCACAAAGUACAGAAUGCUACUGGAGAACUCUAUCUUGAAAUAGGGAUGACUCAGGAGGGGUUCCAGUGUUUCCAGAGAGCGUGGUCCAACCUGAUGGGAUUUUCACCCAAUGACUUGAAAGACAGCCAGGACUUAGUGAAGCAAAAAGGCAGAGUGCUGAACAACCUGGUAAAGGCAGCAAGUAAGCAGUACUUACAAGAAAAUAGUAUUUUGGAAUGUGCUACCGAAAUUUCCAGCUUAUUGGACAGCAGUCCCUGUGAUCAGGCUACCAUGAAAUACACCGAAGGUGUUCUGAUAUUUGUUGCUGGAAACACUUCUCUUGCAAAAGUCAGACUUCAAGAAUGCUUAAAUAUCAGGAGAAGUUUGUUGGGUGAGAAAAACAUCCUAGUUGGAGAAAUUAUGGAAUUUUUGGCAGAUUUACUAUUUUUUCUACCGGGAGAGAGUGAAAGAUUCCAAAGGAAGCAAGCAAUCGAAUAUUAUAAACAAGUGAUACAAAUAAAGGAAAAUGCAGGGACUUUCACCAACUCCUCACUCGUCAGGAAGCAGCUGAACAUUAGUCUAAGUGACACUUUGUGUAAAUUAGCAGGUCAGUUAUUCAUAAACGACUCCGGUCAUCACAUCAUGACUGAAGCAGUGGGCUAUUUGUACAGAUCACUUGACUUAAGGGUGACCCACCUGGGAUCUUCUCACUCCUCAAUCCAUGGGAUCCUGCAACUUCUGAGGGAAAUUGAGCGCAUCAGGAGUAGAAGAUGUUGGCCUCAAGGCAUGAGUCAGCAGUAUUCCAAGGGCUCUAGGAAUGGCACCUCAUUAUGCGAGUAUUUGCUUAAAUUAGACUACCACAGUGCUCAGAAUUCGAAUACAGUGAGCUCUGCAAUAUGCAUGAAUGCAGGGAAGCUACAGAGAGCUAAAAGCACGGACUUGGCACCUCAUGCAAUUUCAGAUAGAUCAAAAUGUGCUUCUGGAGAAGGGAAAAAGGUCUUGAGACCCAUCAUUUCUGUUUCUGCUGAGAAGACCCGACGGAAGACACGGGAUAAUGUGGAGCCAAGGAAUGGCACAGAAGAAGAAGGCUCAAUGAAAAAGAAAGAUUAUUCCUCUAAGGUUUUAUCUUUGAGUAAAAUGGAUAGUGCAAUAAAGCUUUCGCGGCAAAAAAUUUUGUCAACUAAAGGUGAGGGUGGAGAAGGCCAAAUCACCACUUUCUACCGGCAUCUCCUGGGAGGAGGGUCUCUUAGCACAAAUAAUCCCUGGGAAUCCAUAUCUGAGCUCAUAUCAGAAAAGUGGCUUUUUCAUAGCCCAGAAUACAGUUCAAGUCCCCUGAAGAGUUUUUUGCAGAGAAGAUCUCAGUUUGAAACCAAAUUGUUGAAGACCUCAAGUGAUACUAAUAAAGUAUAAAAAUGAC